CUUACACUGGCAUUUUUAUUCAUGCAUUCUUCGGCCAUUCGGCAUAUUACCUUUUAAAAAGGAAAUAAUAGCUUUGUUACUGAUAUAGGUAUUGAUAAAACACAACAAAAUCAGUUUUUAAUGACAUUCUUAUUAUUAUAAGUCACACCACACACACUUAGGAAAGCCUUAGAAUCUAAAAAAGCCUCUCUAAAAACCCUCAAGGUAAGAACUAAGAAAGCCAGUUUUUCUUAAAAAAAAAUCGCAAAAACUAUCAUGAAUAAUGAAGAUGCCAAUGAGUCAAGUGAUUCUAGUGAUGAAGACUAUGUCCCAGACAGUAAAGUUGAAGAUGCAGUGUCUGAAGUCGAGUCAGAUGGAGACCCAGAAGAUCACCUUUCUGGCUCAGACAAUGAAACCAUAAAAGGCAAAAAAAGGACCAAGAAUAAGAAAACUACCAAAAGUAAAAAAAGGAAUAUUGCUAAAGAUGAUGAAGAAACUGCACCAGUGGUAGAGAGCCCCAAAGUUGAAGAAGACCAGAAAAAAAAGGCUGAUGAUCUGUGGGCUGAUUUCAUGAAAGACACAGGGUUUAAAGCUAAAAGUAGCAGGCCUAGUGAGAGUCAGACAAGUAAGCCUAAAGUAGAAAAUAAACCCAUAGUGAGUAGUGUAAGCAAUAAACCCACAAAUAAGGUAAAAGUUACACAGGUAUUUGAAUUUGCUGGUGAGGAGGUUAAAGUAGAAAAAGAGGUUGACUCAAAUUCAGCAGAAGCAAGACUGUUAUCAAAAGACACAAAACCUAUUGCAAGGAAAUCUGGAGGUCUUGGUGGUAUUGGUAAUGUCUUAAGCCAACUAGGAAAGAAGCAGAAAAUUAGCACAUUAGAAAAAACUAAGCUGGACUGGGAUCGCUUUAAAAAAGAAGAGAAUCUUGAAGAGGAACUCCAGACCCAUAACAAAGGAAAAGAUGGGUAUUUAGAGAGACAAGAUUUCUUAGAGCGAGCAGAUUUAAGGAGAUUUGAAAUUGAAAAGGAAAUAAGAAAUGUGGAAAGAGCAAAAAGGUUUAAUAGCUCUCUCUAAAAAAAAAAAUUUCCUCAGAUUUGUUCAAUACAGUAUUUUUUGUAUUUAUGUUAUACCUAACAUUCCUGAUCUGAUUAUGCAACUCAUCAAUUCGCUACUAGCUUUAAGAAUAAGUAAAUAAUAUUAUAUCAUGUAAGUAAUG